AAUUAACUUACAAACAGUUCUCUGUGUUGGUUUUUGUCGAAAUUAAUAAGAUAUUAAUAAUAUGAUCUACAAAAUAUAUUUUUGCUUGAUAUUGCAUUUUGUGUAUCAGAUUGAACCUGCGGUGAUAGGUCCUCCAAAGUUACCAUCGUAUUUUAAAAUAUGUCCUCAGUCUACACCGAACUUAGGAAAGUGCAUACAAAAAUCAGUGGAGGAACUCAAACCACUGCUAAUUAAAGGAAUACCUGAUCUAGACAUACCUAGCGUUGAGCCCCUACACAUACCGGAGGUAAUUAUUGAGCAAGGAUCUGGACCUGUUGCUCUCAAAUCUGUCUAUAAAGACAUUGAAGUGUAUGGACCUUCUAAAUUUAUCAUUAAGGAUAUUAAAGUGGACUUAGAGAAGGACAAAAUGAGAGUCAGAUUAUUCAUACCACGUCUUAGAGUAGUCUGCAACUACAACAUGGAAGGAAAAAUUUUGAUGAUGCCGAUCGCUGGCUCAGGAAAAAGCUCUUCGAAUUAUACAAAUAUCGACGCCAGUAUUACGAUUCGUGCUGAGAAAAUCGAAAAAAAUAACAAUGUGUACUAUAAUGUCAAGGAUUUUGACAUCAACUUUGAUAUUGGAGAGGCGGAAAUUCAUUUCGACGACUUAUUUAAUGGAGAUAAAGAUUUAGGUGAAGCAAUGAACAUGUUUCUUAAUGACAACUGGAAGAAAAUCGCAAAUGAAAUCAAGCCUGUACUCGAAGAUAACAUAGCGAUGAUCUUCAAGAAAUUCGCCAACAAAAUAUUUCAUAAAUAUCCUAAAAACGUUUUGUUGCCAAAAUAAUUUCACUAGAAAGACAGAAAGAAAUGUGGUAAAGGAAGUGUGAAAUAUUUGAGAAUGGAAAGGGACGUAUUUUUUGUAAACACACAAUAUUGAUCAACGCGACAGUUUAUGAAGGAAUACUCUAAUCAUAAUAUGUAAUAGGUAUUACUUCUUAUUCUGUACUUGUUUGUAUUUAUAUUUCUUCAUAUCCAAAAAUCCGUGGCUUCCCAAUGUCAGUCUAUUUAUGUUUAAUAUCUGGUCAAUAACCAGUUCAACCAGGAUAUUAACAGGCGCAAAAUCUUGGUCCAAUGCUAUCUAAAUGCAUUCAUUAUUUUUCGAAUCCUGAGAAAACUAAUAAAUAUUUUUGAAAAUUUUAAACCCAGGCUGAAAGAUUACAUUAUUACCGAGGGCCGAAAGUCCCUUAGAAUAAACAAAAAGUUUCUUUUGAAUGAAAUAUUUGAAAUUAAAAAUCACAUGAAAUUUUCUUUUUUUUUUCACCCCUGUAACUUAUUAAAAUAAACAUUAUAGAAGUUUUCAGGGACUUUCGGCCCUCGGUAAUAAUGUAGUAUUUCAUUCUGCGUUUCCAUUUUUCAAAAAUACUCAUUAGUUUUCUCCGGAUUAUAAAAAAAUGAAUGCAGUUAUAUAGCAUUGGACCAAGAUUUUGCGCCUACCCUCUUAAGAAAUUAUUUAUUAUAAAUUAUUUGUAUUAUAUUAUAAGGUUUCUAGUUAAUACUUAAGGAUGAAAUGUCUCAAUAUAAAACUGCAAACAUAUUUUUAUACAAUAUUUGUAAAAAAUUUUAAUAAAAAU